AAAGAAUCCAAAAUUCCGCUAGAAACCCUCGUUGGGCAGAGCUACGAUGGUGCUCUCAAUAUGCGUGGCGAUUUCAAAGGUUUGAAAACACUGAUCCAGGAAGUUGCACCAAAGGCUGAAUAUAUUUGGUGCAGUAGUCACCGUUUUAAUCUAGCGAUAAACGCAGUCGGUAAAUCGUCGAUUGAAAUGAAAAGAGCCAUUGAUAUGCUACAAGACUUAUACGUCUUUAUGUCUGGCUUUAAACGGAAUGCAGUUUUCGUAGAAGAGCAAGGAAAUGGACAAUGUCGGUCGUUAAAGCGAGUCCAGACAACGAGAUUUAGCAGUACUAAAGACGCUGUAACUACUAUACUAAAGACUUUUACUACUGUAAUUUCUACAUUGAAAAGAAUAAUUGGAGAUCCGCACAUGGAACAUGAAACCAUCACUAAAGCGACUGGUUUGCUGCACAGAGUACAAGAUAUCAACUUUGUUGUGUCUCUCUAUAUACUGGAUAAAAUUUUUACCAUUACAUCUCCUGUGACAAUAUUAAUGCAGGGAGUUGCAGUCGACCUGGCCCAAGCAGCCCAGUUGCUUGAAAUUUGCAAGAUUGGCAUCAGGAAAUUAAGAGAAAAUGUGGACACAUCGUGGAAAAAAAUAUGGGAGUUGUCAUGCACAUUUUCCGAAACUCAUGGCAUUGAUACCGAGAUCAAUCGGAGACAAAGGAGAGUUCCCCACAUGCCUGGUGAAAAUUGCCGGGAUGAAAGACUUCAUGGAGAAGAAUUACUAAAAACGAGUUUAUAUAUUGUGGCUUUGGAUGGUUUGAGCAUUCAACUUGAAGAUCUUUUUCCGGAAAAAAAUUUGACUUUAUACCGUCAAAUGAGUCUUUUUAGCGAAAAAAGUUUAAGAUCUUCGACAUUCAAAGCUACAAAAGAUGACAUAGGCUUUCUAUGCAAUAAGUACGGUCUCGAUGCUGACGAAGCCGUUAAUGAAUUGGAGAACUUUAGAGAUCUUUAUCUUGAAUUGGGAGAAGAUGACAGUGAAAUUCAUAAGAAAUAUCAAAAUGCAGCAUCACUGGACACAGAGAAAGAAAGCUCACAGUCUGAAAUUGACGAAUCAGAUAUGGCGGUUCCUUAUAAGGAUUGGAGGAAGUGUGGAUUUUUUCCCCCACUGAAAGUAGCUUUCGAAAUUUCCGCAUUUCCUACAAUAACAUGCAUUUAUAAGAUCUUGACCAUUCUACCAGUCACAAGUUGUUCCGCUGAAAGAGCGUUCAGCAGGCUUAAAAUCAUCAAAAAUAGAUUGCGGUCUACCACUGGCACGAAGCGUCUUAACAGCUUACUGAUAAUUGCUGCAGAAAAGGAUAUAUUGCAGAAAGUGUCGACAGAUCGUAUUAUUGAUACUUUUGCCAUGAGCUCGAAAGUUUUAAAGAAAUUAUUAUUACCAGCCAGUUCUCUUGACUAAAGCAGCAAUAAUAUGAUUUGUUGAGACUUUUUUAGAUGUAUCGUGUACGUUUUAACCCUUACAGUCACUAUCUUUAUUCAGCGAUCAAAGACAAAUAUUUUUGUGUGUUCUGUGCUACUUUUUACCAAAUUAAGGGAAAAAUGUAAAAAAAAAAUUAUGCUUAUCUAUAUAAUGAAAUAAUUCUGUAAAAUAUAAUGCGAAUGUUUAUUUAUUAAUUAACAAAUAUUUUCAACAAAUGCAUCAUUUGCUUUGGUUACUUUUGUACAUUGCUUAUGAAUGAGACUUACAUAUGCCUAAAAAUUUUUUACAGUUUGAAAAAAACCCAAUAAGUAUGAACUUUUUUGUUUAUU